GCUUACGAGAUCUGCCGGGGGGGAUCCGCGGAGUAUGUAGAGGGUCUUAAUUUCACCGCCGUACGUGAAAAAUACGAAUACUUUGUGUGUCCUGAUAACAUGUUGGAGCCAGAAGAGCGAUUUUGCUGCAAGACUAGUAGUGACACGGGCUUUUGCUGUGCCAUGGAUCAUGACAGUCUUGACGAUACUGGAACCUGUACAAAAAGCGCCGUUCGCUACUAAUAUCUGCAAAAGACAGUUUUGA